CGUCCAUUCGUCUUUUUGAUUGAAAAAUUGAGGUUCUUUUGUGGAUUUUGUAGUAAUAGCAAAUAUGGCAGCUACGCAACGACUCUCUUCCGUGCUUGCACACCUCAAUCCCCUCUCAGAAUCAACCGGACGGGCAAAGCUCCUCCAGAAGAAUCCAGAUGAUAUCGUAAUCACCUACGCAGCACGAACAUCUCUCACAAAAGCCAAAAAGGGUGCUCUUAAAGACACGCCCAUUGACGACCUGCUCAUCGCCCUGCUAACCAUCGUCCGCGAGCAAUCCAACCUCGAUCCCUCCCUCGUCGAAGAUGUUUGUCUCGGCAACGUCCUCGCCCCUGGCCAAGGCUACAUGGCACGCUCUUCCGUCCUCGCAGCUGGCUAUCCCGUAACUACCGCCGCCAGUGUAGCAAACCGCUUUUGUUCCUCCGGUCUCCUCGCCGUCCAACAAAUCGCCAACCAGAUCCUCGCCGGUUCCAUCGAAGUCGGGAUCGCCAUCGGCGCAGAAUCCAUGUCCACAUGCCCCGACGACGGAGCCCCAGUCCUCAGUAAAAAGAUAACCGAGCAUGCUCUCGCAGGCCAGAAUCUCCAGCCUAUGGGGCAAACGAGCGAGAAUGUUGCCGCACAGUUUGGGAUUACCAGGGAGAUGCAGGAUGCGUUUGCGGCGAGGAGUUUCCAGCGUGCGGAACGGGCGCAGAAGGAGGGGUGGAGUAAGGAUGAGGUUGUGCCGAUUAAGGUGACGGUUAAGGACCCGAAGACGGGGGAGCCGAAGGAGGUCCUGGCGGAUAGGGAUGAUGGUGUUAGGUAUGGUACGACGAAAGAGAGUCUGGGUAAGAUCCGAGCUGCGUUCCCGCAGUGGAAACCUAGUGCCACGACGGGCGGCAACGCGAGUCAGAUCACGGACGGUGCAGCUGCUGUUCUGUUGAUGAAGAGAAGUAAGGCGGAGGAAUUGGGACAGAAGAUUUUGGGGAAGUUCGUAGCGGCCACGAUUGUUGGGCUGGAGCCGAGGAUCAUGGGUAUUGGGCCUAGUUAUGCGAUUCCCAAGAUUCUUGGGAAAACGGGAUUGAAGGUGGAGGAUGUGGAUGUCUUUGAGAUUAAUGAGGCGUUUGCUAGUAUGGGGGUUUAUUGUGUGGAGAAGCUGGGGCUGGAUCCUGAGAAGGUUAACCCGAGGGGCGGUGCGAUUGCUCUGGGACACCCGUUGGGCUGCACGGGGGCUCGCCAAGUUGUUACUGCUCUCUCGGAGCUGCGGAGACAGAAUAAGAGGAUAGCAGUGACGUCGAUGUGUGUGGGAACAGGAAUGGGUAUGGCAGGUGUCUUCGUCUCGGAACACUGAAGGUGUUAGGGGAGAAGUUGAUGCGUUGGAUAGAUCGACGCUGAGGGGGUGUACAGUAUGUAUUCCACAAAGAGUUAUUAUCCACGAGAUCUCGUUCUGCACAACGCCCCAGCCAGCUGCGGGAUGUUUUCAACUGCUUCCCGCAAAAGUCGUUGUCUUUUCCAUUCUGAAGUAACAAGGAAUACAUGCUCUCGGCAAUAGUUAAUUAUCCGUUCUUUG